UCCUGCACAAUAAUUUCAGUUACUGCCAGCUGAUGUGGCGUGUACAGAAGAUCUGAGACUGGAUUGAUCACUCACUGAUUAUACAAUAUCUCACAAGUGACACUUGCGCUCUCAACGCCGAGAGUCACUCUUCUCUCUCUCUUUGUAAUAUCUGCGUCGUGUAUCGUAAGUCAGUAUACCCACGGCAGGCAAACACGAACGAUCGCGAUUCGUUGCACCUCAAGAGCGUCUCUCUUGAGCUUGAUGCUUCUCCGGGGAAUAGUUGGAAUUUUACAGUGGAUAGAUCGACUUUGAUUUUGAGAUUACGAUUAAGUCAUUUGUUAUAAAAAACUGAAGUCAAUUUAUUUGGACAAUUAAAAUUUCCUCGAUUACCGAAGAUUUUCAAUCAUCGAGAUCAUGUGGACGAUACUCUGGCAAUAAGCGCGAAACUAUAUUACAAUCAAAAGUGCUCAAGAAGUGUAGUGUGUAAAAACCAAUCAGACUCAUUCCGCCAGUCGACGUUGAAGUGACACCGAGCUGUUAUCUCCUAGGCUGGUGACUUCCACAUGAGAUUUCCUUGCCGGAUUUAGUAAGAUACUGUAAUGUUUCGUUAUCAUCUUCGUGUUUGAGACGGCACUGGUCGAUAAUCAGCCAGAGUGUGUAGACGAGCAGAGAAUACUGACGAAAUAUUGAGUGGGCCCAUCACGAAAGCCCACAAUCAUGACAGAAACAUCACGAGAUCUUGAAGUGGCUGAUUCAGAAAAUACCGACAACGGCAGAACAACGUUAAAUUUGGCAUGUUCGACGACUAAUAAGGGUAAACCUCUUCCGGAUCGUGGAACAUGGAGUACCAAGCUGGAUUUUAUUCUUAGUGUGGUUGGUUUGGCAAUCGGUCUUGGCAAUGUCUGGCGAUUUCCAUACCUAUGUUACAAGAAUGGCGGAGGUGCUUUCUUAAUUCCCUAUUUCUUGACGCUGUUUCUGGCUGGUAUACCCAUGUUCUUUAUGGAGCUUGCUCUUGGACAAAUGCUUACGGUGGGCGGCCUUGGAGUCUUUAAGAUAGCACCGCUGUUCAAAGGCAUCGGUUACGCCGCCGCCGUCAUGUCCUGCUGGAUGAAUGUUUAUUACAUCGUUAUUUUGGCCUGGGCAAUUUUUUAUUUUUUUAUGUCAAUGCGCAGUGAAUUGCCUUGGGGAAGCUGCAACAAUGACUGGAACACCAAAAAUUGCGUGAAUCCUUAUGAUAGAAGCUCGUUGUUUUGCUGGAGCCAGAUCUCGGCAAGAAACGGUAGUGUUGUCAAGAUGUGCACGGUUAAUCAUGUUAAUAUGACAGUAACGGAGCUUACGGAUCCUGUAAAGGAGUUUUGGGAACGUCGAGCAUUGCAGAUUAGUGAUGGUAUUGAAUCUGUGGGUAAUAUUCGAUGGGAAUUGGCGGGUACGUUAUUAUUAGUGUGGAUAAUCUGUUAUUUUUGCAUCUGGAAGGGUGUCAAGUGGACUGGCAAAGUUGUCUACUUCACGGCUCUCUUUCCAUAUAUUUUGCUCACUGUUCUUUUAAUACGUGGUAUUACUCUGCCUGGCGCAAUGGAAGGCAUUCGAUUUUACAUUAGUCCAAACUUGUCUAAGCUUCAGGAAUCCGAGGUAUGGAUUGAUGCAGUGACACAAAUUUUCUUCUCGUACGGUCUCGGACUCGGCACUCUGGUGGCUCUCGGCAGUUACAAUAAAUUCACCAACAAUGUCUACAAGGACGCUCUGAUUGUUUGCUCAGUGAAUUCAUCCACCAGCAUGUUUGCGGGCUUUGUGAUAUUCUCGGUGGUUGGUUUUAUGGCGCACGAACAACAAAAACCAGUGGCCGAAGUGGCUGCUUCUGGGCCAGGAUUGGCCUUUUUAGCUUAUCCAUCGGCUGUUCUUCAACUACCAGGCGCACCGCUUUGGUCAUGUCUAUUCUUCUUCAUGCUGCUACUUAUCGGACUUGACUCCCAGUUCUGCACGAUGGAAGGCUUUGUCACGGCUAUGGUGGAUGAAUGGCCUCAAUUAUUACGUCGUCGCAAGGAACUGUUCAUCGCUAUUGUGUGUGCUUUAUCCUAUCUUAUCGGAUUAUCGUGUAUUUCCCAAGGUGGCAUGUACGUUUUCCAAAUCCUCGAUUCGUACGCUGUUUCCGGUUUCUGCUUACUCUUCCUUAUCUUCUUUGAGUGCAUAUCAAUCAGUUGGGCAUUUGGUGUAAACCGAUUCUAUGAUGCACUGCGCGACAUGAUCGGAUAUUAUCCUCUUAUGUGGUGGAAAUUUUGCUGGACAAUUACUACGCCAAUGAUUUGCGUUGGCGUUUUUGUCUUCAAUCUGGUUCAGUGGACACCUAUAAAGUACCUGGAUUAUGAAUAUCCAUGGUGGUCACAUGCAUUAGGCUGGUUUACAGCGUUAUCUUCCAUGCUUUGCAUACCUGGAUACAUGGUCUACGCUUGGAUGACUACACCAGGCGAUAAUAGGACGAAAUACAAAUUGUUAAUUCACAUAGAAGAUGACGUCGCCACUCUACGAACAAAAAUGGGUCAACCAGCAGUCGAGUUAACGCCCUUAUAAUUUUCAUUUCAAUAGGCAGUGUAUGUACACAUACAAGCUCGCCUAGUCCAAUGAUACAGUUUCUAUCGUUUUCUAUCACCUGUAAAAUUAAUGAAUUAUAAGGAAUUAAUAGAAAUUUCUUCUGUAAACUGAUAGAUUUCUAAUCUUUAAAAUCUAGGGAGUAAAUUUAAAAAAUAUUUAAAUGACAAUGCUAAAUAUUAUUUCACAUAUAAAAGUAAUGUAAAGUUUUGAAAAUAGAAAUAGGAUGUGAGAAAUAUAAUUUGAAUUCAUGAACUGAUCUUUAACUUCAAAGAAUGGUUUCAAAAUGUAAUUUCAUAAAAUGAGUUUCUGCCAGUUUCUCUUAACAUGUCGCUUUCAUAGGUUAUCAUAAUAACGGUUAUUGUAUAAGAAUGCGCGCCAUAAUAAGUCGUUGAGGAUAGGCGUCCUUCAAUCAAAAUAUGAUUCGACGCAAAGUGGAGAGCCAGCAAUUCAAUGAACCUCAGAAACAAAUACAUUCUACACUGCCUCGGUUCUUAUUUUCAUCCUUACUCAACAAAGAACUUCGCUGGCUUUGUACAUAAACUAUUUAUUUACAUUCAUAAUGAUCGCAUAAUUUCAAUAGAGUACGUCAUGCGGAAGUUCGCUCGUGACAUUGUAGUUAAAUAAUCAUCUUAAGAUCAAACACAGAAUGUACGAAUCCAGUUGCAUCAUUGUUGCAAUAAAACUAUUAAAAAUUUAUUUUAUUGAAGUAUUCAACGGAUUAUCUUUAUAUUCUCACAAAUAGGUUGUGAAACAUAGUUUACCAAGUAUAUACGGAUCAUAUUCAUUUUUUAAAACAGCAAACAUUUAUAAUCCCCUCUAGCUUUAAGGCUUAUAAAAAAUCAAGGAGUAAAUUGAUUAUUUAGACUAUUAAUUAUUUAGAUUUUAGACUACUUUACUUUUUCAACCUUUCAUUUGUUUAUUGUUAUAUAAAAACAUAAUUUUAUAAAUCUAUUCUUUAAAAAACAUAAAGUAAAUGAAGGUGUAAAAAAACGCUUAUUUUCUACUUCUAUUGGUGUUUUUAACGUCGCGCUUGCAUCGAAUCAUGUUUACAUAUGCGUUUAAUAAUUGUAACUUAUUUUAAAAUUUAAUUUUAAUUCCUAUUAUAACUAAAAAAUUGUUUGCGACUCACCAGUGAGUUCAAUUCAUACUUUGAGAAUCCCUCUAUAAUAUUUUUUUAAUGCCGAAUGGAGAUUGCAUUGAUGGCUUUGACCUUAUAACGUAUGUUAUCAAAAUCACCCUUCUAAAUAACUAUAAAAAAUUUUAAACGUUGCUCUUCGUUCAUUAUAUAGAUAUUAAAGAUAUUAAUAAAAAAAUAUUGCAAAA